AUGGACUCGGUGCUGGAGCACUUCACCGGCUUGGAGUCCUUCCCGUCCCCUUACUUCGAUGAGGAAGACUUCUUCACCGACCAGUCCUCCAGGGACCACCUGGACGCCGAGGACUUCUUGGAGGACGAUGUGGACUUCUUGACCGGCCAGAUACAGGACUAUUACAAGGACAGCCGCGUCCUGCACGGGGAAGAUUACUGCGACGCCGGCAACUUCUCCUUCUCGUCCACCUCCUCCUCCGGCGGCUUCCCCUAUGACUGCGGGGAGGUCGGCUGCGACCUGUCCCCGGCCAUGAAGGGCUCGGGCUGCGGGGCGAUGAAGAGGAGGAGGAGGAUCCGAUCCGAUGCUGAGAUGCAGCAGCUCCGGCAGGCGGCCAACGUCCGUGAGCGCAGGAGAAUGCAGUCCAUCAAUGAUGCCUUCGAGGGUCUCCGCUCCCACAUCCCCACCCUGCCCUAUGAGAAGAGGCUCUCCAAGGUGGACACCCUGCGCCUGGCCAUCGGCUACAUCAACUUUCUCAGCGAGCUGGUGCAGUCUGACCUGCCCCUGAGGAACCAAAACACUGAGAGCUCCCUGCAGCCCAAGAAGGUCAUCAUCUGCCACAGAGGAACACGAUCUCCAUCUCCAAGUGACCCUGAUUAUGGUCUGCCCCCUCUAGCUGGCCAUUCAUUAUCCUGGACCGAUGAGAAACAACUCCGGGACCAGAACAUUGUCCGGACAGCUAAAGUCUGGACCCCAGAAGACCCCAGAAAACUAAACAAAUCAUCUCUUAACAACAUUGAAAAUGAGCCACCCCUGACACUGUGUCUGGACGUUUGA